AUGGCGGUGACUUUGGCAAGUUUCACGUCCUUCUUCCAGGAUGAAGGAAAGAGUAUUAAACGUGGUGAAAACCACUACAAGUUGGGUCAUGUUGAGAGUGGGAGUUACGCCGGCGGAGAGAUAGUUGGUCGAGUGAGAGCAAUUUCGAGAGAGAAAUACUGACGUGACGUCAUUUACGCGACUUCUUGAGGUCUGUAGUCUCUCCAUUUACGUGUUUUCAAAGACAAAUAGAUCAACAAUUACACAACAAACAUAGCCUUUAUUUACCUUAAUGGUUAUCAUUUAAGUUAAAAUACAACAUAUUUGUGACUCAGGGUGUAAAACAAAGCGGACCAGAAAAUACCAUAGACCUGUCCAUUCACUCCUAUUAUCCCAAUAGGACCUAUAGCGCUAACGCGGAAGUGGGCGUGGCUUCGGUUCCCUAUAAGCUUUGCUGGCGGAGGCGGGAUUUAUGACCUGUACUGCAGCCCACCAUCAGAGGGUGCUGUUCUCGGAGUGGCUUCACCCAGCGAGGAGGCAGACUCUGUCCAUCUUAUAUACAGUCUAUGGCUGUGUCUCAUUUCAGAGACCGCAUCGGCUUAAGUGCACUUCUGCACCGUCGAACGGUGCAUUUGAAGCGUGCAUGACGUCACGACGGUGCGAACGGUGUCCCAUUUGGCACGAGAUGCUAAGAAAUGCUAAGCGCGCUUAGCAUGUUUUCGAGCGUAUCCCAGAAUGCUUUGCGUGCCGCUGCGCAUUUCAGGUGAGAGGCUGGACGCGCUUGGAGACACAGUGCGUCUUCAAAGAAAGUACAAGAAAUCCAAAAACAGCAGACAGGUCAGCUUUGUGGUUUUUGAAGAAACAAUCAAACUGAUGAUGAUCAACAUUUGUGAUCCAGAGGGAGUCGAGCUCCGACGAGCACCACAUCUCUGACACCUACACCGUCCUGCAGAGACACCAACACCUUAUUAUGGCAUAUGGAUUCAUAUCAUAAACUAAAGCUCAAUAUCAUUCACGGAUAUUUACGGCUGCAUAAAUGGAUAUAUCCUCAGCAUAUUCAUUUCUGCCUCCACAAAAGCAGCAAUUUCCUUCAAGUACACCAGUUUUUUUCCCCGUGGAAAAAACGUAUUUCUCAUAUAUUCUUUUUAAAGUCUUUAUACUUAUGACAAUGUAAUGCUGAUGUACCAAAGGAUGAAGUAUCUCCUUGUUUGUGAAAGCUAUCCUGAAGCACAGUUCCUUCAAAUGCUUCAUGGCCCUAAUUUUAACAAGUCUCCUUAGAAAUAACAGGAAACUUUAAAACUUUAUUCUCAUACAUUUCCACCAUUACUGUUUCACUAUUUUUUUACUUUUUGGAAGCUAUUGACCAGAACACCAGAACUCCAUUGUUGGCUCGACUACAGCUGCUGAGCCACCAGGCCGGGACCAGGGCCCAGUGACAACUUAGCCACCAGGCCAAGCCCAAGAGUCAGGGCCACCGCUGUGGAAUCGAGCUGCUUCAACAGAGCUGAUACAAAGGCCAAGAGUCUGCCAUGAUGUUUAAAUAACCUGAUGAACAGCAGAGAGCGCCAGUAGCCCACUAGCCACCAGGCCAGCCCGGGAGCAGCCACCACCACCAGGCAGCAACUAGCCACCAGGCCAGCCCAGGAGCAACCCCCACCACUAGGCAGCAGCUAGCCACCAGGCCAGUCCAGGAGCAACCCCCAACACCAGGCAGCAGCCACCACCACCAGCCAGGGUCUGUGAUUUUUUCUUUUGUGGUUUACGAGUAGCGAAUCAUGGCUCAUUCCACGCGAGGAAGGGGCAAAGAGGAGGCUCUGGUGUCACUCUCCCAAGUACGGGAGAUGCUGGACUAGCAAAAACAGUUCUUUAUAGGUAUAUUGGAGCAGCAAGAGAAAAGCUACUGUAACUGUAUGCAGAUCAUGAUUGAGGCGUCCAAUAAAACAGUGGAGGAGCUCUCCAGAGAACUCGGUGACCUGAGAGAGAGCCUACACUUUACACAUAAGGACGUGGAUGAGCUGUCGGCGAAGGAAAAGGAGAGUCACAAAAUGUUAAAUGAGAUGAAAUCUGGAGCCUCCAAAUUAGAGUCAAAUCUACAGUCUCUGACUGGAAAAUCAGACUAUCUGGACGCGCAGUCAAGAAAAAACAACAUUAUCAUUGAUGGAAUACCUGAGUCACCAAAUGAAAACUGGGCAGAAUCAGAGGAGAAAGUGCGGAAACUGAUCUCAGAGAAUCUUGAUCUUGACCAUCGGGCCAUAGAGAUGGAACGAGCGAGCAGGAUAGGGAAGCAGGUAACAGAUAGAGAUAGACCAAGACCCAUUAUUGUUAAUUUACUCAAACACAAGGACAAACUUUCCAUUAUGGAGAGGUCAAAAAAACUCAAGGGUACAAAUGUCUUUAUUAAUGAGGACUAUACCGAAGUAGUGAGACUGCCUGAAAUGAAAGCUACCCGUGCUCGCGGGGACAUUGCCUAUCUGAGCCAUGAUAAACUGAUCAUACAUCCUCGUGCCAAAAAGCAGCCCAAAAAUGGUGGACAACCUAAAUGAAAAAAUAAAUGGUAUGGUCCCCCCCUAUUUGUUUAGAAGUUGGUUUUAAUUUAUUUUGUUUUUUAUGUCCUCACAAACCUGUCUCAACAUUGAAUCAGCCAAUCAAAUGUGUGGGAUUAGACCACAGGUAAACUUUGAGCACUUUGAGCGAAUGGUGGUUCUGACGUUGAUGCCAAUUUAUUAAACCAAGCCCUAAAUGGGUCAAAAAACUGUGAAUAUUAUAACGAGAGUCAUUUUAAUAAUUUCUGCAGUGCCCUCCCUGCUAAUGAGCUGUCUUUCUCUUCUUUACAUCUCAAUAUACGGAGCCUACCAAAAAAUUAUGGAAAGCUGAAUCUUUUUUUGUCUAACAAUAUACAUAUAUUUUCCAUUAUUGCCCUAACGGAAACCUGGCUACCCAGGGCACUAGAAUCCCUAUAUAAAAUUAACAACUACAAUGGGGUUCAUUCACAUAGAGAAGACAGCGCGGGAGGAGGAGUGUCAAUUUUUUUACAUAACAAUAUAAUCUUUAAAAACAGAGACCUUGUAUCCCAUCUGGAGAAUGUCAGCACAGAGUCUGUAUUUGUAGAACUUCCAUCUUGCUUUUAUUUUGGUGGUCAGAAUGUACUGUAAUCAUAUUGUUAUGGCUGAUUUUGCCUUGUUUUUUUUUCAGGUCAUGUACGAUUGUGUGAAGCUUGCAUAGGUUACAGAGUAAAGCAAAUGUUCAAGACAUUCAAAUAUUAACUUUUAUUAAACAUUAAACUGGGCGGCACAGUGGUGUAGUGGUUAGCACUGUCACCUCACAGCAAGAAGGUCCUGGGUUCGAAUCUGGGUAAGGGUGUUUCUGUGUGGACUUUGCAUGUUCUCCCUGUGUCUACAUAGGUUUACUCCAGGUACUCCGGUUUCUUCCCACAUGCCUAAGUGUGAUUAGGUUAAUUGGCCACUUCCAAAUUGCCCAUAGGUGUGGAUGGUUGUUCGUCUCUAUAUGUCAGCCCUGCGAUGAACUGGCUACUUGUCCAGGGUGUCCCCUGCCUUUGCCCAAAGAUGCUGGGACAGGCUCCAAAAACCCUUAAAGUUUUGAGGGCCCAGUGCUUUAUCAGCAGUGAGCCCUGAUAAAGAAGGAGUAAAGGUCAAACCUCUUUAUGAAGUGCAUGAUGGCCAUCCAUCAGCCUGGACAAUUGAUCUGACAUGCAUGUUUCAAAUUCAAAAUACAUUCAAAAUAUGGGUGUUGGCACUGUGUGCCUGCAUUGUUAUCCAUUCAGAUACACACUAGGAAUAAGUCACACAUUAAAAGGUUCACACGUGUUUUUGCAGGGACAAGAGAGCUGACAGAUAAAUUCAUCUGGCUCCGGGGGGAGAGGCAGCACCUCUUCACCGGAGCCAAAAAUUCAGCUGUUGCUGGAUGGCGGUAAGGAACACCAAAUGCUCAAGAAGUUAUAUCUGCCCGUAGUAUGUUAAAUUAUAGGUCAUGUGACUAAUUAUAAAUCUUUGCACCCUUGUGUGUGAAUGUGACAUAUAUUAACUUUUUGUGUCACUUCUCUUUGUGACAAGAGCUGUACUGUCAGAGCUCCAGCUUUUAGAUCAGGUGACCCCCCUGCAGGCAAAGAGGAAGUGGGAGAAUUUAAAACGAAAAUAUAAAUUAUGUGAAGGUUUUUAUGAUGCUGCUUAACAUUGAACAUUGGGACAUUAAGAAUGUGUUGGUUUCCCUCCCUGCAAGUUAUUAAACAGUUUUUCUUUUUCUCAGGAAUGCAAAGAGCCUCCCACAGGUGGCGGCAGCAGCAGCAGCAGGAGGAGGAGGAGAAGGAGGAAGAAGAAGAAGAAGAAGAGGAUGAGGACAUUGAACUACAACCUCACCCAAGGGGCAGGAAAAGGAGGAGGAGGCCAGCAUCCGAUCCGCUCCUGGCUCUGCUAA